GACACCCGCAGCAGCAGCCCCGGCUCCGGCCCCCGGCCCUGAUUCCAGAGUGGCCACCCCAGGGUGCCGAGGAGGACCAUGAUGGACCUGAAGGUGGACGAGGAGGAGGUGGACAGUGGGCAGCCAGUGAGCAUCCAGGCCUUUGCCAGCAGCUCCACCCUCCACGGGCUCUCACACAUCUUCUCCUACGAGCGGCUCUCUCUGAAGAGGGUGUUCUGGGCUCUCUGCUUCCUGGGUUCUCUGGCCCUGCUGGUCCUGGUCUGCACCAACCGUAUCCAGUACUACUUCCUCUACCCCCACGUCACCAAACUGGACGAGGUGGCAGCCACCAGGCUCACCUUCCCUGCUGUCACCUUCUGCAACCUCAACGAGUUCCGAUUCAGCCGGGUCACCAAGAACGAUUUGUACCACGCUGGGGAGCUCCUCGCCCUGCUCAAUAACAGAUACGAGAUCCCCGACACCCAGACCGCUGAUGAGAAGCAGCUGGAAAUCCUGCAGGACAAGGCCAACUUCCGGAACUUCAAGCCCAAACCUUUCAACAUGUUGGAAUUUUACGACCGGGCUGGGCACGACAUUCGGGAGAUGCUCCUGUCCUGCUUCUUCCGUGGGGAGCAGUGCACCCCUGAAGACUUCAAAGUGGUUUUCACCCGUUAUGGGAAGUGCUACACCUUCAACUCCGGUCAGGAUGGGAAGCCCCGGCUCAUGACCAUGAAGGGUGGCACUGGGAAUGGCCUGGAGAUCAUGCUGGACAUCCAGCAGGACGAGUACCUCCCAGUCUGGGGGGAAACAGACGAGACCUCCUUUGAAGCCGGGAUCAAGGUGCAGAUCCACAGCCAGGAUGAGCCCCCCCUGAUCGACCAGCUGGGCUUUGGGGUGGCUCCUGGCUUCCAGACCUUCGUGUCCUGCCAGGAGCAGAGGCUCAUCUACCUGCCACCUCCUUGGGGUGACUGCAAGGCCGGGGUGGGAGACUCGGAGUUUUUUGACACCUACAGCAUCACCGCGUGCCGCAUCGACUGCGAGACGAGGUACCUGGUGGAGAACUGCAACUGCCGCAUGGUCCACAUGCCAGGAGAUGCUCCUUACUGUACCCCGGAGCAGUACAAGGAAUGUGCAGAUCCAGCUUUAGAUUUCCUGGUGGAAAAGGACAACGAGUACUGUGUCUGCGAGAUGCCCUGCAACGUCACCCGCUACGGCAAGGAGCUUUCCAUGGUGAAGAUUCCCAGCAAAGCCUCUGCCAAGUACCUGGCCAAGAAGUACAACAAGUCGGAGCAGUACAUCGGGGAGAACAUCCUGGUGCUGGACAUCUUCUUUGAAGCCCUGAACUACGAGACCAUCGAGCAGAAGAAGGCGUACGAGGUGGCUGGCUUGCUGGGUGACAUCGGAGGGCAGAUGGGGCUCUUCAUCGGGGCCAGCAUCCUCACAGUGCUGGAGCUCUUUGAUUACGCCUACGAGGUGAUAAAGCACCGACUGUGCCGGGGGGGAAAGUGCCACAAGAACCACAAGAGGAACAACACGGACAAGGGCGUCGCGCUCAGCAUGGACGACGUCAAACGCCACAACCCCUGUGAGAGCAUCCGGGGCCACCCAGCAGGCAUGACCUACGCAGCCAACAUCCUACCUCACCACCCUGCCCGGGGUACUUUUGAGGACUUCACCUGCUAA